AUUCCCAAUUCACGCAAUCUUUGGCGGACUCGGCCGAGGACGGAGGUCUUGCGGGCAUCAGGUGGUCAGGUAUGGAGACCAAUCUGCCCCCUCGCAUUUGCGUCGUCGCUCGUCCCGUGGUCUCGAUUUGACUCGUGAGCCGAUUCACGGUGGCAUCCGAGACAUUGAGAUCUGUGGCGCAGGGUUUGGUUCGAGUUGGUAAAUAGUCUCGGUGAUUCGCCCUGUGGACAUCAGUCUCUGUGCGCCUGCACCUCUCUUGUCCUAUGCCACCGCUGCCACUGCCGAUCUUUGUUCGUUGACGCUGACGAGACUCAGUCGACAUGUUGGGUGUUCAGUGUCAAGUUGUGAGUGGUCUCCCGUCAGCGCAGAACGCGUUGAAUGUGGGGUCUUCGUCCCAUGCGGACUUGAAGACGACAUUCUCUAAGGGGAACUUGAGUGUGCACUCACGAGCAUGGGCCACGGGAGGCUGCGAAUUUAGCCUUCGUGCCCAAAAAUUUCACCAGAGAUUGUCCGAGAGAAAUUCAGGAAGCAGCUCGAUUAUCACAGCCAUGGCGCCAGCACCUUCCAAUGGUCAAUCAGGGGCGACAUCCACGCAGCAGCUGGAUCUCUCCCUGAAUCCCAGGGUUGCGGCCUUAAAGUCUUCUAAGACUAUGUUUGUUGCUGAUAAGGCUACCGCCAUGAAAGAGUCCGGCAUAGAUGUGAUCAAGCUGGCCGCAGGAGAGCCAGACUUCCGCACACCACAAGCAGUUGUCGAGGCCGGAGUUUGGGCGGCGCAAAACAAUCUCACUCGGUAUACACCCAAUGCAGGCACAAUGGAACUUCGCAAGGCUAUCUGCCAUAAGUUGCAAGAGGAGAACGGGCUUACAUACAAGCCAGAUGAAAUUCUUGUCAGCAACGGGGCAAAGCAGAGCAUUGCGCAAGCCGUGAUGGCUGUGUGCUCCCCUGGGGAUGAGGCCAUAAUCCCAGCACCUUUCUGGGUUAGCUACCCAGAAAUGGUAUCUCUAUCAGGUGCUACUCCAGUCGUUGUACCAACAUUGUUGGAGGACGACUUUCUGCUGAAGCCUGAGCAGUUGUUGAAGGUUCUAAAUGAGAAAACAAGACUUUUAUUUUUGUGUUCUCCUUCUAAUCCCACGGGAUCUGUCUACAAACUUGAGGAUCUAGAGGCAAUCGCAGCUAUAGUUGCGAAACAUCCACGGCUUUUGGUGGUGGCUGACGAGAUCUACGAACACAUCAUAUAUUCUCCUGCAAAACAUCACAGUUUUGCAGCUCUGCCGGGCAUGUGGGAGCGCACCUUAACCGUCAACGGAUUUUCAAAGGCUUUUGCAAUGACGGGAUGGCGGUUGGGUUAUCUGGCUGCCCCAAAGCAUUUUCUUGUAGCUGCCAACAAGAUUCAAAGUCAGAUUACAUCAGGAGCAUGCAGCAUAUCACAAAGGGCUGGAUUAGCAGCAUUGAACCUUGGUUACGCUGGUGGCGAGGUUGUGGCUGAGAUGGUGGCGGCAUUUCGUCAAAGAAGAGAUUCUAUGGUGAAGAAACUACAAGCGAUGGACGGUGUAAAGCUUUCUGUUCCGCAGGGUGCCUUCUACUUGUUUCCCGAUUUCAGUUCCUAUUUCGGAGCCAAAAUCGAGGGAGGUGGAACUGUCAACGAUGCUAACGAGCUCUGCGAGUUCUUCUUGGAGAAGUGCUUGGUAGCUUUGGUUCCUGGAGAUGCAUUUGGGGAGCCUAAGUGCCUACGAAUCUCCUAUGCUGCAUCAGUUGAAGAACUUGAAGAAGCAGUGUCCAGAAUUGAGAAGGGUUUGAAACUUCUUACGCGAGUGGAGUCAACAGUAUCCUCCAGCUAAAAGGCUUGUACUUGUAGAUUACCCAUUCUUUACAUGGCAGACCCAUUUUAUUGAGACGCUAGAAAUUUUGUUCAUAUCUCCAGCCUUCUACCUCUCAGUGGGUCGCGGGUUCCAAAUUUAUCCACCUAUUCAUAUAUUACAUGUGCCUUAUUAGCCGUAUUUAAUUAUGAGGUGGAUAAUUUUAUUCUAAUUAGAGGCAUGUAUUCAUGCAUAUUUCACUAGAAUAAAGUUACGCUCGAUUCUCACGCAUUUCACGUAGUCCGCACUGUGUCUUGGUGAAAUAAAUCAAAGUAUAUUGAAGCUAAGGAUU